AUGGCAUGUCGAGGUACUUGCUGCUGUGGGUUUGGUCCUGUGAAUGAAGAUAAUGCGAGGUUUGUAAUGUUGGCACUUCUUAUUAUCGUUUAUCUCCUGUGCGGUGCCGCUGUCUUUUCAGCACUCGAGCACCCGAAAGAGAAACAGGCGAAAGAGAGGUGGGCACAAAGAUUCGAGCACUUCAGUCUAAAGCACAAUCUCAGCAAAAACGAGCUGGAGAAGUUUCUGAGGUAUUACGAGGAGGCGAACAUCGCUGGGAUCCGCGUGGACACUCUCAGACCUCGCUGGGAUUUUACCGGUGCCUUCUAUUUCGUAGGGACGGUGGUCUCAACCAUUGGUUUUGGGAUGACCACGCCUGCCACGGUUGGCGGCAAGAUUUUCCUGAUCUUUUACGGCCUGAUCGGCUGUGCGGCCACCAUCUUAUUUUUCAACCUGUUCCUGGAGAGAAUCAUAACCGUGCUGGCCUAUGUGCUCAAGUCCUGCCAUGAAAUUCAACGCCGACGCAAAGGAGUGCUGCCUCAUGACAGCAGACGGGACUCAAGCAACACUGGGGGAAAUGAAGCGGACAACUUGGCCGGCUGGAAGCCAUCCGUCUACUGUGUGAUGCUGAUCCUGUGCGUGGCGGCUAUCAUCAUUUCUUGCUGUGCUUCAGCCAUGUACUCCUCAGUAGAAGGAUGGGGAUACUUUGACUCACUCUACUUCUGCUUCGUGGCCUUCAGCACCAUUGGCUUUGGAGACAUGGUGAGCAGCCAGCGAGCCGCGUACGAAAGCCAGACAGCUUACAGGCUCGGCAACUUUCUUUUUCUCCUCAUGGGCGUCUGCUGCAUCUAUUCCCUCUUCAAUGUCAUCUCCAUCAUUAUCAAGCAGGUUCUCAACUGGUUGCUGAAGAAGCUGGAGGUCACCUGCAGACACUGCCCCGGAAAACCCUUCCGCCCUCGCAGGAACGCUGUAGUUCCGGGCCACGUACGCACGCGCCGCGUCAUCUCGAUAGAUACAGAUGCGGUCAAUGACAGUGAGACUGACGGACGCAGGCUGUCCGGGGAAAUGAUCUCUAUGAGAGAUUUCCUAGCAGCAAAUAAAGUCAAUUUGGCCAUCAUGCAGAAGCAGUUGUCUGAAAUGGCCAAUGGUCAUCCACGUCCGUCCAGCUCUAAUAAUCGACAGAACGGGUUCUCUGGUGGGGUUGGAGCUUUGGGGAUCAUGAAUAAUCGACUGGCAGAGACUAGCGUGGAUAGAUGA